AUGCACAGCAAAAGUCACUCCAAAUCGUGCGUCAAACACCAAGGUGCAAAUUGCCGCUUUGGAUUCCCCAAACAACCGUGCGAUGAAACAAUGAUCGUCAGACCUGCGCCCGUCGACGACGACAAUCGAGAUCAACGCAAUGAAGAUCGGUUGGCGUCGAAUGCCAAGCUUGUUCCCGUGCUAAAUCUGCUGAAUGAGCCUGAAACGGCAUCCCUGACUUUGCCUCAGCUACUGGCUAAAUGUAAGCUCACCGGUGACGAGUACAUGAACUGUUUGCGCAUGACGGCCUCGUCGAGUUCUGUCGUGCUUAAGCGAGAACCGAAAGACUGCUGGGUCAACAACUACAACCGCCAUUUGCUUCUUACCUGGGAUGGAAACCUGGACAUCCAAUACAUCCUGAAUGCCUACUCUUGCAUCGCAUACAUCUGCAGCUACAUCAGCAAGGCUGAACACGGUCUGAGCCAAUACCUGAAAUCGGUCAUUGAAAACUCCCGCUGCGCAAAUGUCAACGAGAACGUGGAGGAAAAUGUCCCGGACUACAACGUCAGGUCCAAAACAACGCAAAUGUCCAUCGUGACAGAGCCUGCUGCCAUCGAUCCCGCGGUGUUACGCGACAUGUAUCGUAACCUGAACCAAAAGCAAGCGUCCGUCUUCUACAAGGUCAGAGAUUGGUGCAUAAAACGUGUGUGUAGCUCAAAGCCCAUUGAGCAGUUCUUCUACCACAUCAACGGUGGCGCCGGGACCGGCAAAUCUCAUCUCAUCAAGUGUAUCCACGCUGAGGCUACCAAAAUACUGCAGAGACUACCACGACUGGCUGAGGAGGCCGACAUUUCCAAGCAAACGGUUGUUCUCGCAGCUUUCACUGGCACGGCUGCGUUCAACAUUUCCGGGGCAACGUUGCAUUGUCUACUCAAACUGCCGAGAAGUCUCAAACCCCCGUACCACGGGCUGGGCAAUAAACUGGACGAAGUCAGAGCCGAGCUGUCCAUCGCCGAAAUACUCAUCAUCGAUGAGAUUUCCAUGGUGUCGAAAGACCUCUUCGCCUACGUGAAUGCCAGGUUGAAACAAAUCAAAGGAAUUAAUUUACCUUUCGGUGGCAUGUCUGUUCUUGCUGUUGGAGAUUUCUUUCAGCUCCCUCCCGUGAGACAGUCCAAACCUCUGUGCGUGUACGAUCCUACGCGGCCGGACCACUGGCGUGACGACUUCAAAAAGAUCACGCUCACCGCCAUCAUGAGGCAGAAAGACGAUGUCGCCUUUGCCGAACUGCUGAACCGACUUCGCGUCAAAGAAAAGUCAGAUGAACUGUCGGAAAUGGACAGAGCUCUCCUUGCCACGAGGACAUUGUGCAGAUUGACGCGGAUGACUACAAGAAAGACAAAGGAACUGGCAGAAUGGCAAGGCAAGCUUCCCCUGUGCAAGGCGCUAAGAAUGAGCUCCCGGACUCAAUCAAAGUUGCCUUGGGUGCUCGUGUUAUGAUCACACGGAACGUUGAUGUUCAAUCAGGUCUGUGCAACGGGAUGUUUGCAAAAGCUGUCAAAUUGGUGAACUAUCCAAAUGAAGCCCGUGUCCAGAAACUUGGCUUGGAACUCGAUCAUGUGAGUAACACAGCGCGUGCUGCUAACCCCGUGUACAUUGACAGACUGGAGGAGAAGCUGAACAAGGCUGGAGUGACGCGCCGACAGUUUCCCAUCAAGCUUGCUUUUGCCUGCACGAUCCACAAGGUACAAGGCAUGACAACGUCACAGGCUGCAGUUUCGCUGAAAGGUGUUUUCGAACACGGCAUGGGGUACGUAGCUCUGAGUAGAGUGACUUCGCUCAGUGGUCUGCAUAUUCUGCAUAUGGAUGAGAGAAGGCUUCAUGCAAAUCCACAAAUCACUGCUGCUCUUGCUGAGAUGGCAGAGUAUUCUUUGGAGAGCGUCAUGCCCCUCCUUCACGUGAUGCCGUCGGUAGAUCGGGCAAAUCACCUGGUUGUCGUCCAUCAUAACACCGAAGGGCUGUCUUGUCACGUGCAAGAUAUCGUGUCUCAUCACGAACUGCUUUUCGCUGAUGUUUUGUGCUUCACAGAGACACACCUCCAAGGAUCAGUGGCCGAUGGACGUGCUUGCUUGGAAGGCUACAUGAUGUUUUGCAGGAACCGAAGUGAUUCUUACACAAACUGUCCUGACUUGGCUACAAAACGUGGUGGCGGCGUAGGUAUUUGUGUCAAAAGUCACAUCGUGGCCCAGGAAAAGAAAUACGUUCAGGGUGUGACCGACAUUGAAUUUGUUGUGGUGAUGUUGGGAUCACCGGUGUUUGAGUGAUGUUCCAGUUAUUUAUUUUCUUUCUGUGUGUUCGCAAUUGUCAUGGUUUUUAACUCGGCUGUAUGUAUUUGUUUGUUCACGCUGAUUUCUCCGACUGCCCGAAAUUUUCCAUAUUCUCAGUUUAUGUGUAUAUCUGUCAUCUCAGGGACACGAAGAAAGAAUCCGAUCUGGCGAAAGCCCGUGCGGCUCUGGACUCAGAGGCCACAGAGCGUGAACGUCUGCAGGUGAAGUUGUCCAAGCUGAAGAUUGAUUUUGACGAGCUGGAAGCAAGGUGAGGCCCGCCCGGCCAUUUUAUCAAAAAUAUGCCAACAACAAAAUGGAUAGUGGAUAUUAGUGCUGACACAAUUGCUUUGCUGCUGGGGCCACACCCCAAGGAAAAUCCUCCUCGUGACUAAUUGCAGCUCAAUUGGACUUUCAGUUAACCAUCCCAUAUGUGGGACUCACGAUGGGAUCACCGGUGUUUGAGUGAUGUUCCAGUUAUUUAUUUUCUUUCUGUGUGUUCGCAAUUGUCAUGGUGAUAAUACUAGCCAACUUACAUUGGCUCCCGGUCCAUUUUAGAUGUGACUUCAAGGUUCUUCUACUAACCUAUAAAUCGCUGCAUGGCUUAGCGCCUUCAUAUCUCGUCGACCUAGUUGUUCCUUAUGUUCCGUCUCGUAACCUUCGUUCGCAAAACGCUACCCUUUUAGCGACACCGAGGGCCAAGAAAAUGUCUGCAGGCUCUAGAGCAUUUUCUAUUCGGGCUCCAGAGCUUUGGAAUGCCCUACCAAUGGAUAUUAGGACUGCUACCUCAGUAGAAACAUUUAAGACACGUUUAAAGACACAUUUCUAUGACAUGGCCUUUAACUAACCUGUAGUGGCCGAUUCGGCUGGAGUUUGUUUUCUCUCCCUCUCCACCCCCUCCCUCCCUCCCUCCCUCCCCGGCCGGGGAGGUGGUUAGGUGGCACCCAUGCUGACAGCGGCUAUCUGGAUUCUCGUGGGCCAAUUCAGGAUGGGGGAACUGCAGCUCAACCUCCUCGAAGACACUGCCAGGACAAUUGAGGGCUCCUUCGGCAGCCCUCUGCUAUGACAUGGACAUCCACUUUUUAUUUAAUUGAUUUUCAUGUUGUAUCAUUUGUGCCCUCUCUGCAUCCAUUUCAACCUGGUGAUCCUGAAAGGGGGAUCCUUCCAUCUGUGGUCCCUUCUCAAGGUUUCUCAUUUUCCCCUGGUAGGGGUUUUUAAGUUUUUCCUUGCCCUUUUGGGAGCUUAAGAUCAGGGGAUGCUUUGAGAAUAAUUGUCAAUUUCUGUCUAUGUGAAGCCCUUUGAGACUGCUUGUGAUUUAGGGCUAUACAAAUAAACUUGACUUGACUUGUGUUGGAAUAAUUUAAGUAAAGCCUUGUACUUAUUACGAGUUUAUGGCUUUCCUUUCAUCUAGGUUCUUUCUCUUGAGUGACUUUUGAUCUCUGUCAGCCAUAUGUGUCCUUCCUGUCCUUAUGUUAUCUGUGUGUUUUUGUUCCUGUAAGAGGUAAACACAGUUUGAAGUGGUUGCGUACAAGUUAUCCCAUAUUUACUCAAGUCUUGUUCAAGGGUUUCGGACAAGUCACUCAUUGUUAUUGCGUGUUAAUUUACUAAGUAGAUAAAGUCUAGCCAAGGUUUAGUUGCAUUGUUCCACAGGAGUUAUCUGAUCUUGCUCGCGGACGACUCGGCCAUGACAACUGUAGAAGAACAGAUGGACAAACUCUGCGGGGGUCACGGGCCGACAAUGAAGUGCUAAUUCACACCACACUACAUUCCUUAGCUAAUCAGCGUUGCUACAGACACAAUCUUCCCUCCCUUUAGUGUAGCAACGCCUUUGUAACCAGGGCAACCAAAACAUUAAAUAGAGGAGCACGUGGAGGGAGAACUCAGAAUUGAUGGAGAUUGUAACCGAGUUUCCUCUCUCUAUCGUUCUCCUCGCGAGAAAAGGCUUAAUAUUCUGUCUCACUUGUGGUUUGUUUGCUGUUGCUCUUCUCUUAAUAGUUAUUCAGUCAUUGAAAUAAACCUGACAGAAAUUGGGGGCUCGUUCCGGGAUCUCAACACGCCCUGAACGGUUCCAGCGGGCUCUUUGACACAGGCGAAAAUCCUCGGCCGAGGUAAACAAAAGCCCUUUGACGGGACUGUCUCGAUCAGUCCGGCUGGACACCGGGAGGGUUGACGAGAUCUUCCGAGGAAGAGAAUCAGCAGACCGUGAGUAGGAAUAUUAAUUCUACUAAAUAGAAACAGUUAAAUUCCGCAGGGGCGGAUGUGGAGCCCCCUAGCUUUCAAGCUAGUUAAAUUCUGCAGCAGGAGGGGCGGACUCCUCUGUUAUUAAAAAAAACAAAACAAAAAAACCUUGAGAAUUCUAGACCCUAUCAAGUACCACUAGAAACAGUUAAAUUCUGCAGGGGCGGAUGUGGAGCCCCCUAACGUUUUAUGUUAGUUAAAUUCCGCAGCAGGAGGGGCAGACUCCUCUGUUCUUAAAAAAAAAAAACGCGCGUGGUAUGCUUGUGUACGGUUUGACUGAGAGUGAUCUCAUUUGAGCGCUCCUCUAUAUAAACACACAGGAUUGUAAACGGUGGCUUUGUGUAGGUGCAAAGGCAUCAACUCUUUCGGGGGAGGUGAAAGGAGACUUACCACACAUUGGAUUUUAACCACUGUCCUGUGAAUAAAGUUGGUUUUAGGACACUGUAGGUGCCGUUCAAUUUACCAACUCCAAAAUUUAGAAAAAUAAACCAUGGCAAACUUAAAUAGUAAGCGAAAGUCCCUACCCCGACAUGAACUAAAAUGCAAGGAUUGGAAAUUAAUGGAAUGGGUCGACCCAGAAAAUGUAAAAUAUCUUGACAAAUGGAUAACCAAAGAAUAAAAAAUCCAAAGAGAGCUUGUUGUUGCAUAGGCAGGAAGAUGAUGAAACGACAUCAGCGCGGCCUCGCUUGAGGGCCGUAGCUGAGGGUGUGAUAAAUGAAGAUGAAAAGGAUGAUCAAAUUACAAAGAAAGGCGUUGUGGGACGCCAAAGCGAACCAUCCUUUCCGACUUUGUACCCCAAAUUGUCAAGCGCAGGUGAUCCUCCAAAAUAUAGUGAUUCUGCUCAUGCCAUGGUGACGCGGAGCCGCGUGAAGUCAGAAGCUCCCUCUCCCUCAGCCCCCGCGGCAAGCUGCGGCCCAGGCUACACGGGAGCGGAAGUAAUUGAUGCUUACCCAAUGAUUCAAGUAGCAAAUCCUCGCUGGGAUUCCAAGUGAACUUUAGUGGACAGGUCCCUCUGACGUAGGUUUGGUGAAAGGAGCACUUCCUGUUGUUAUUAGACCUAAAAAAUGAAUACCGCCCUUGUGUGAGACAGUACCCAUUGAAACCCGAUGCCUUGCAGGGUAUUGCACCUGUUAUUUCAGAUUUAUUAAGGGCAGGUGUCAUCAUUCCUUGCCCUGAUUCUCCUUGCAAUACUCCAAUUUUCCCUGUGAAAAAGGCACUACCUUCUGUCGGGUGGAGAUUGGUGCAAGAUUUGCAAGCAGUGAACAAUGCUGUCAUUCAAAGAGCACCUUGUGUCCCUGACCCGCAUACCCUGUUGAAUUUGUUAACACCUGAUGCGAAGAUAUUUUCAGUAAUUGACAUUAGCAAUGCCUUUUUCUCUGUCCCUAUUGCUGAAGAAAGUCAGUUUUGGUUUGCUUUCACAUAUGCUGGGUUGAGGUACACCUUUACCUGAUUGCCUCAGGGGUACUGUGAAAGCCCUACAAUUUAAUGUGUGAUGGCAGCCAGCAUGGCAAAAUUUGUCCCACCAAUGGGGAGUCAGAUUUUGCUCUAUGUUGAUGACAUUUUGGUGGCGUCCCCUGAUUAUGCCUCUUGUCAGACAGACACGCUUGCAGUGCUGCAUCACUUGGCAAAAGAAGGCCACAAAGUCAGCAAAAAUAAACUCCAGUUGUGGUCCACUGAAAUUAAAUAUUUAGGCCACAAUCUGAGUUCCCAAGGUCGGACUAUAGUUGAAAGUAGGAAGACCUCUAUUUUGCUAGCUCCUAAACCACUCACAAAGAAACAAAUGAUGUCUUUUUUGGGGCUCACAGGUUAUUGUAGAAGCUGCAUACCUGACUAUGCACAAAUUGUUGCUCCUCUGUCCAAAUUGAUGUACGAAGAGAACAUCUCAAUGUCCACUCAAUUAAAAUGGACUCCCGAAGCUGAGGAUGCUUUUGUGCUAAUCAAGCAGGCUCUGGUCUCCAGCUCCACUCUGGCCCUACCUAACUAUGAUAAAGCGUUUGUCCAAACUGUUGAUUGCAAAGGUCAUUAUAUGACCUCUGUUUUGCUUCAAUCGCAUGGCUCAAAGUUUCGACCUGUUGCCUUUUAUUCUUCGAAAUUGGAUAGUGUUGCUUGUGCUCUACCGCCAUGUGUGAGGGCCGUGGUGGCGGCCUCCAUGGCUGUGGAAAGCAGUGCUAGUGUUGUGUUAUUUCAUCCUUUGACUCUGAAGGUUCCCCAUGCGGUCUCGGGUCAAUUUAAAAAAGGGAAAAGAAAAAGGGAAAGUGGCCGCCAUCUUUUUUGCAAAUGAUGAUUCAUCUGAGGUGUUUUAUCAAAACAGAACCUUCGAACCACGCCAGAGAGGGCGCGGUCGUGAGAAUUUCCGUCGCGACAUACCUGCUGAUGUGCUAGAAGGAGGAAAGACUUUCUGGGUGAGAGCGGCAAAUGGUGUGACAACCCCAGUACCCCAGGCUCGUCCAGUCUGGAUACGGGACCCAGAAGGGGAAAGUUGUUGCAUUCCCAUUUUGCUGAUGCCCAAUUGCCCUGUUAAUUUGUUAGGAAGAGAUGCUCUCACUGCACUUAGUCUUUCCCUUGUGCCCAUUAAUGACAAAAUCGUUGUCAAAAGGCGACAUCAAUUACAGAUUUUUGGACAGUUUCAUUGCUACUAUUUCUAUUCAUUGGAUUUGACUGAUGCAGAAGUUGUGCAGUUUGGAACCCCUCUUUUAGCCCAGGCAGGCACCCUGUUGCGCUGCCCUGAACAGGCGAUGGACCCAACCAACCUGCACGUAACCAUGUGGCAUAAAAACACGCCUGGUCCUGAUCACAACUACGAGAACAUGCUUGAGGCUGUUACGCCUGCCUCCUUGAAGACAUCUUUCCUCCUGCAUGAUGGUGAAAGCCGUGCCUGUGUUGUCAUAGGGCCGGCUCCCUCUGAGGUGCAGAAAUUGCACAUGUCUCCCACUCCGCUCCACAUCUCAUUGUUUCGGCCUUUUACGGCCACAUGGCAGAGUUUGGGAUUUGUGGCCAGAGAUGCACUGGCGGCUUCUGAUUGGACUCAAGUUGGGCCUGACUCCUUUUAUAGUCCUUCUACUAAGUUUUUUAAACAAAACAUGAACCAGGUCCUGUCAUUUGUUAGUGGAGUUCACGUUGACUCCUGUUCUGAGAAAGCAUCCUCAUUUUGACAUUUUGUGCUGUCAUCAUAUGACGAGCAAAAAGGUGUUCUUAGUGCUUCUAUGUGCUCUUAUAUGUUGUGCCUCAUCCUUUUGUGCUGGUGUGUGUGUGCGCGUGUGCGCGCAGAGGAUCCUCAUGAAUGGGUGUGUGUAUGGGUGCGAGUGAGAUGUGUGUUCUAUGGAAGAAAUCAGUAAUGGAGAAUGUUCUGGAGGCUGUUGAGCAAUAAUAGGGAAAUUGAGAAGUGGACGAUGAUGUGUUUAAGUUUGUUGGAGAAACUAAGAUGAGCAGUGUGUGGCAGUAGAGAAAAUAAGACGUGUGUGGCAGACAGUGACUAGAAUGGUGGCUUGAUAGGACGAGAAUGAGACAGCAAAUGUUGUGUAGAAGACUGAAAGAUGUUGAAGGUGAACAUGAUAGGGGAGGGCAACAGCAGAGUUGGCCUGCCCUUUGAGAAGGUGAAACUGAUAAGCGUGCCUGCGCUCACGCGUUGUCGUGGGGCUGUCCGCGUGGGCCUUUGCUAUGCUCGUGUGGGCGGUGGGCCGGCAUCAUGGUUGUUGCAGGAAAUGGCCAGCCUGUGACCAAUCAACAUUGAUGCUGCCCCCCCCCCCUGCAGGCGAAGCAGGGACAGUGUGAUUUUCUCAGAGAGUGAUGCCUAAGGAAGAUGUGACAAUAUUUGCAUGAAGGAUAAAAGGCACUGAUGAGAAAACAAAAGUAUAACCAAAACGUCAAAACAGAGGAUGACGUUUGCGCAGCGUUGUUUGUUUGUAUUGUUUGUGAGCUGUGUCUCUGCUGUACGUUUUUGUGUUCUCUGUGUGCUGUCAGUGUUAUGUGUUAAAAUUGGCUAAUGUAGGUGCACAAAAGAAUUUGCUAGAUUGUAGUCCAUAUGAUUUGCACCGCAAAACAAAAGCAAUUUUGUGAAAAUGUGAAAAUGUGAAAAUAAGAAGAAAGGAAAGGCAAGCAAUUUUUUGUGGGCAGGAACUGGUCCACACUGCAUUAAUGCCUAUCCCUGAUGAAACCAAAUUUGAGAGAUGGAAAGAACUUGCUUUCUGGAAUUGGAUGAAGCAAAAUUAUUAAAUAACUUUACAAAGCUAAAUUUAGAAGAAAUAGUCGAUUGGUUGUGUCAAGACUACACAAGUUUUUACAUUUGGGAAUAAGAGAGUGAUUGAGUUAGUUAAAGUUGAGAAACAACAACAAUUGUCUAUUAUAUUACUUUACUGGCGGUUAUUUUGUUAGUUUUUAUCUUUAUCUUGAUUGGUUUGACACCUGGGGGGGAGGAAAGAUUAGGAUGUGGAGCACGGGUUGAGACAACCAGUUACACACGCAAAGCAUGUGUGCACUGGGACACUGAGAAGCAUUUUGAAAGGUGUGUCGAAAUUAAAUGAAGAUGAAAUCAUAUGUAGUAAUACAUCGCUUUACUACAUAUGGAUUCUCUAAACCGUACAAUUGAGUAAAAUAAAACAUACUUUUUGACUUUUGUUCAAAUUACUAAAAUUCUUGUGAUAAACGAUGAGAAACUGAUUGAAAAGAAACUACAAGAAACUACAACUAAGCUAGUUGUGGAAGCAGUCCAAUUGCCACGACAAAUAGCUAUGUCCACGUGUGCAGGGCACGCACGAGACUGAUAAGGUGUCAAGAGGUAACAAGCUUGCGGACGGAACCGCAUAGCUGCAGUGCAAAAGACGCUUCAAAUUUUAUACACACAAGAAGCGGAUUGAAUUACUGAAACAUUUUUAAAGAUGUGCAGCGACAAAGUCCAUAGAUUGAAAUUCAAUCAUGGACAAAGAGAGGGGCAAGAGUAGAGAAUGGCAUCUAUAAAUGACCAGAAGACUGACCUAUCCUCCAAAAAAACCUAUACAAGCGGGCAGCAAUGUUGAGCCAUGGUUGUGUGUCGCAUGGCUCAAGAGGAGGGAUAAUGGGGCAGUUCAGUCAGCUUUAUACAUCAUGUGAAUUUGAUUCAUAUUCAAAACAGUUAAACAGUUAUAAAAAAUUUUUUUUGAAGAGCUUGUUUAACAUGUGCUUAACGCAAUCCACAGGGUUAUAAUGCCUGGUCAUAAUAGAUGCAUUCUCAAAAUUGAUUGAAUUGGCUUCAAAAUAAACACUGAAUGCCUUAACAGUGGCAAAAACGUUAUGUAAAGAAAUAAUAGUUUGUCAACAACUGCUGUAGAUGUUAAAGAAUGGAAUCAAUAUCUCGAAAAUGAAUGUGGAUAGUUUGUUUACUGAUUGUGAAAUGUGCGACAGAGUGUUCUAUAUAAUAUCCGUUGAAUGGAAGAAAAAGAAAAGAAACCAUUGCUUUUAGAGAAUGUAGUCAACAAAAAUUGUAUAUGUACCGACGUGCCAAGAUCUGGGAAAAAGCUGGAAAAAACAUAAUGUCUUUAAAUUUGAGAGGCGACGAUGAUCUGACUGAAAUUGAUGCAAUUAGAGUCCCCAGAAGAGUUCCUGAUUAAUAAGCAUUAAUUGACCAAAUUGAAGCGGGAUGGGAGUCCUCCAUUUGCUACUGGUGGACGAUGAACAAGAACGUUGACAGGAUAAAUUACAUCCAUUGCAACAUGCAGAAAUUGGGCAAACGGACACAAGUGGGACUUGAGGCAGUGCACGAACAGCUAGCCAUGCCUUCCCUAAUGUCAAUCCAGAACCGCAAUGCUCUUGUUAUGUUGUUGUCUGGGAAAGGAAGGAUCUGCGCAAUGUUCAGGGAACAAUGCUGCACCUUCAUCCAGAAUGACACCGCCCCUGAUGGGAGCCUGACGAAGAUGAUUGCAAAUUUGCAAUCCCUCAACACGAGGAUGAAAGAGCACAACAAGUGGAUGACUGCUUUUGGGAAGUAUAAAGCCCUUGUGUCCUCAAUCACUGCUAUACUCACCUUGUGUGGAUGUUGUUGUAUUCCAUGUCUCCGUGCUCUGUUUAAUCGUCUUAUCACUACAGCAAUCUCGCCCAUGGACGACGAGGUGGCCCGGGUAUGCCUAAUGUCUGAACAGCAGCAUGUUGAUGAUAACGAUGAUGAUGAUGCAGUUUUUGCACUUGAGUUUACAGACUUUUUCCCAGAUCUGUGUGUUUCCAAAUGAUAAUAUCACAACAUUUGUCCUUUUUUGGUGUAAACUUAUUUGUGCCAUACUUGUGAUCCGACAACCGAAAAUCGAGAGAAGUGGUUGUUUUUGGUGAUGUAAAUAUUGAGCAAAUAUGUGAUAAACAGGAGGGAAAUGUUGGAAUAGUUUAAGUAAAGCCUUGUCAUUUAUGAGUUUAUGGCUUUCCUUUCAUCUAGGUUCUUUCUCUUGAGUGACUUUUGAUCUCUGUCAGCCAUAUGUGUCCUUCCUGUCCUUAUGUUAUCUGUGUGUUUUUGUUCCUGUAAGAGGUAAACACAGUUUGAAGUGGUUGCGUACAAGUUAUCCCAUAUUUACUCAAGUCUUGUUCAAGGGUUUCGGACAAGUCACUCAUUGUUAUUGCGUGUUAAUUUACUAAGUAGAUAAAGUCUAGCCAAGGUUUAGUUGCAUUGUUCCACAGGAGUUAUCUGAUCUUGCUCGCGGACGACUCGGCCAUGACAACUGUAGAAGAACAGAUGGACAAACUCUGCGGGGGUCACGGGCCAACAAUGAAGUGCUAAUUCACACCACACUACAUUCCUUAGCUAAUCAGCGUUGCUACAGACACAAUCUUCCCUUCCUUUAGUGUAGCAACGCCUUUGUAACCAGGGCAACCAAAACAUUAAAUAGAGGAGCACGUGGAGGGAGAACUCAGAAUUGAUGGAGAUUGUAACCGAGUUUCCUCUCUCUAUCGUUCUCCUCACGAGAAAAGGCUUAAUAUUCUGUCUCACUUGUGGUUUGUUUGCUGUUGCUCUUCUCUUAAUAGUUAUUCAGUCAUUGAAAUAAACCUGACAACUUGAUUGUUCUGGUGUUUUUUUAACUCGGCUGUAUGUAUUUGUUUGUUCACGCUGAUUUGUCCGACUGCCCGAAAUUUUCCAUAUUCUCAGUUUAUGUGUAUAUCUGUCAUCACAGGGACACGAAGAAAGAAUCCGAUCUGGCGAAAGCCCGUGCGGCUCUGGACUCAGAGGCCACAGAGCGUGAACGUCUGCAGGUGAAGUUGUCCAAGCUGAAGAUUGAUUUUGACGAGCUGGAAGCAAGGAAGUCGCAUCACAUUCAAAUCCUUAAAGAUGAGCUGGAGUUUGAAAAGAAGCUGCAUUCCGCGGACUUGCGCAUGGUCCAAAGCCAGCACGAGUCUCGCAUGGUGUUGGAAGCCGGCCAAAAAGUGAAAGAUCUGGAGGAGGCUCUGUCUACAGAGAGGGAGCGGACCCAGAACAAGGAGGAGAGGUCUUUUUACAGCUUUAGAACAUACCACAACGUUUGCUCUCAUAGCAAUUAAUGUCUCCACGUUUGUCCCCAGGGUACGCCAAACCAUGUCGGCCAGCAAAAAGAGGAAACGUCCGAAGGACAGCGAGGGUUUGAGCUCGGGCGGAUGCAAUGUGCCUCGUCCUAAAAUCGCCCAGCAGGUCACUGUGGAUGAGCAGCAGGUCACUGUGGAUGAGCAGCAGGUCACUCUGGAUGAAGUGGACUCGUACGGCAAAUAUGUCAGACUCCGCAAUACAGUUGAUGAGGAUCAGAAUUUGGGGAACUGGCAGGUGAAGCUCCAGAUUGGAUCUUCUGCUCCCAUCGUAUUCAAGUUUGCCGCAGAAUUCAUCCUGAAGGCCCACGAGAGUGUCACGAUCUGGGCGGCUGACGCUGGCCGAAACCACAAUCCUCCCUCUGAUCUAGUCUGGGAGACACAGUCCAACUGGGGACCCGUAGGCCAGGUCCACUUUACCUUGAUCAACGCCAACGGAGAGGAAAUAAGGAUGAGCAAAGCCACUGGCGCACGUUUGGAAGAUGAUGAUGGAAAUUCCACUUCCACCGUGGGAUAGAGGAAAUGGAAUUUCGGUUUCUUGUGUGUCUUGACAUAUGAAGGGAUUGACAAUAAAGCAGACUUUGACUUUUGACAUGGUCACAUUAUAAAAAUAUUGUAUAACAAUACAAUUAAAUGGGCUUUUUUUUAAUAAAAUCUGCUCCGACCUGUACUGAAAUUUAAUUGAAAUAAUUGAAAUAAAGUUGUUGUUCUUUAAAAAUGA